GUUUGCUGGUCGGAUGAGCCGGAGGUCGUUCUGCGCUCGCCGCCGCUCUAUAGAAUAGCUUCGGGCAUGCUUCGGUCGUCUUGACCGUCUUGCUGACUACCUGAUGUCAUCGUGCAUCACGAAGCGCCAGGUCGCGGGAUCGUCGCGGCCAAUGAGUGGGCGGGGAAGCUCCCGUCCUGGCGAGUGACAAGGAGAGGACGCUCCCGACGAUGAACGAACUGUGGUCGUCGAUCCCGCGUCCGGAAGUCAGGCUAGACUCCGGGUGACCCGGGAAAUGACUGAAUCCGAGCGGUUCGCAAUCCGCCUUGAGUGUAAAACACCAGUCGGCGUAGGUUCGGGUGGUUUGCGGGACUCGGACGAGCUGCAGCACCGCUGUAUAAGACGAGGGUCGGGACGCCAGGUAUACCAGCACUUGCAGAACAACUCCCUGUCAUCCAGCUACCAAAGCAGCUCUAUACACCUUGCAACAUGCCUUCGUACCUCGUCACCGGAGCUAGCAGGGGUAUUGGCCUUGCGACUAUAACACAGCUUCUCCAAGACCCGAAGAACUUCGUGAUCGCCGCAGUGCGCAAUGCCGAGUCUGAGAGUAUCAAGAAACUGGCAAGUGAAUACCCCAAGGACCGGUUCGCCGUCGUAAAGCUCGACUACGCCGACUACCCCAGUAUCGGCAAGGCCGCAGAGGACGCCGCCAAGAUCCUGCCAAAUGGACUGGAUUACUUGAUUAGCAACGCCGGUGUAUCCUAUCAGGAGAGCGCGAGCUUCGAGUCGAUCGACCUGAAGGUCUUCGAGGAGGAACUGCGCAUCAACACCGUCGCGCCGAUCGAGGUCGUCCGCCAAUUCCUCCCCUUGGUGCGCAAGAGUGCUGUGAAGAAGGUCGUCUUCGUCAGCACCCUCAACGGUUCGCUCGACUUCGCCCCGAAGGUGGCGACACUGACGAUCACCUAUGCGAUGGCCAAAGCGGCACUGAACAUACUUGCUCGCAAGUGGGCUGCCGUCCUGUAUAAAGAGGGUAUCACCACAGUCGUCCUCCACCCUGGCUGGGUCGAGACUGAGCUGGGCCUGACCAUCAAGGAUUGGUGGGCGAAGGUCAACCCGGACCUCAAGCCCAUCUCCGUCAAGCAGUCCGCGGGGGACGUCCUCCGCGUCAUCUGGGAUGCUCCACUCGAGGAGCAGAUCAAGCUGUACAACCAUACCGGGGCUGUGUUCCCCUGGUGAGGCAUCGGUAUUAUUGCGCCUUGUCCUCGAAGUCCAUACCUUGGCUGUAUGAAUGAUGCAAUCUCGCCGACGAUGUAAUUUAUGUUUUGCUCUGGACACCCUGUGGGCGGUCGAGUUUGUCGAAUGCCACCGAUGGCGCGGUAAACCUUGGACGUUUGGGUCAUCGAUUUCCUGCGAGAGAACAUACCGCGCAUCCGACGACGCGGGUAAUAAGUGGUCCUCUCGCGCAAAGUGACCAAGGGGUGAGGAUGCCGUCGGCCGACGAACCACAACCGCGACCUACUCCCGUCAUGUAUGGGGCGCAGUGUGCGUGCAGACAACGGGGAUUGCAAUUGAGGACGAUAUGCAUGUUCCAACAGAACAGGAAUG